UCGCGAUUUCCUCUUUCUUGUCUCUCAUCAGGGCUGAUGCGGACGACCAUUGUAGAUAGAGCUGUCGACUCAUCGGAUAUCCCCCCCUUCCCCCUUCGCAUCGUCCGUCCGUUGGCUUCGAAAUGAAUGCUCCGUCUUGGGCUCGCUGACGCAUCCACCGUGCUUCUCCCUACGUAAUUUUUUCCCCUUCAUCUCUUCAUUGCUGGCAGCGGCAGUCACUCGCUUCAGGGUCCUUCUGCCUUGCGCCGCACUGCUGGUGCAGCACGGCACAAUCGCAAGCAGCCAUACCUGAGGGACUUCACAUCCAAACCGUAAGGCUCGCUUCAUUUUAGACGGCCUCGCGCCUCGUCUGCCCCUCUCGACCUCUGCUGGCUCUUUUCUCUUUUAUUCCCUCCCUCGCGUGCGGGCCUUUGGUUUGAUGGGGCAGUUUUGCAUCGAGGUCGCUUUCCUAGAUCCCCAACAAGAGGCAAGACGCAAGCCUGUCGCCCGCCGUGACAAAUCCUCCGUGACCCCCACGUCGAGAACCAACAUACCAUAAGCCCUCGACUACCUCUCCGCCCUGCCUUGUGAUGACGGGUCCGGCCUUCAACUUCUUAAUUUGAUCCCCAACCCGUGCACCCACCCUCCUGGGAAGGUGUCACUGUCACCGCCCUGGACGUACGACUCCAAGGCCAGGUCCAGUGUCAUCAUGGCCUCGAGAAACCACCUCCCAAAUGGCCAACCCACCACCCCCCAGUUGCAGUCUUGGGACGCUGCUGCUUUGCUGAACCCAAAGGCGGCCGUCUCGGCCCAGCAGGCCGGGCCUUCCUCGCUACCCUCUCGGCCGCCCUCGAAUGGGCCUCACACUGCCAAUAACCAUGCGCCCCAGGUCUCAUUUCAGUUCUCGACCCCCGACGCUACCGAAAACUUCCAUUCACAUCCUCCUCGACCAUCCAUGACCCCAGACGGCACAGCAACCCCACGACAGUCGACUCCGAACGGUAUGAGCUCCAUGAGCUCCAUGAUAGAGCGCAUGAAUAAUGUGCAAGAUCGUAGUACCGUGCCGGUGGCGAAGCGACGCAGGAUUGGCGAGGACCACGCGUCCAGGAAUGGCUUCCACGGCAAUGGCGGCAGUGGCAUAUUAUCUGGCUACGUGAAGCAGAAACAACAAGAGGGCCAAGCCACUCCUUCCGUCACACCGCGUUCACAAAGCACUGUUGAUCUAACUGGGGGGGACGACGAUGACGAACUUGUCGAGGUCAAAGACCCCAGAGAACAAGAAGUUUGCUACGGUAUGGUUGGGGGAGCCUUGGUUAAUUGCCACAUCGUUCCCUCGCCAAAGCCGGGGUCCCGAACCUUUGCGCCUGGUAGCUGGCCUCAAGUCAAGGUCGUCCUGAGGAGGAUUACGGGGGACAGAUCCAAGACUAUCGAGGUAUACGAUCAUACAAGGACGACCAUUGGGAAAUUGGACGACAGGACUGCCCACGGGCUCGCCCCGCUCCUCGAUGCGAACGUGCUCGCCCUUCGAACUGAUGUCAUGAUCGGCAUACGACGACGUCUUCCUGGAGAGGAGGCUGGUCAGCCUAUAUCUAAGUCGUAUCCUCUCCAACUGAUGGUGUACGGGAAGUUCAAAUACGCGAAAACCGUCGGUUCAAACCUUGAAAAGGCAGGCUUGAACCUUCUGAGCCCUACGAGGGUCGACCAAGGUGUUCGAGUCUUCAACCCUCUGGCCAAGGAGAAUCGACCUGCCGCAGCUCCUAGAACCUACGCAAACCCCGCACCCCCUCCUGUUGCGCGAACCGAAGAAGAGAUCCGAUCCGAUGUGCUCAGCGUCUUUGAUUCAUUGAAGGAAACAGAGGACCUGCCCGAGCAGGAGCCAGACGACCGCAUACUGACUCCGCUUCUGAAGCACCAGAAGCAGGCUCUACAAUUCAUGACCGGGCGAGAGGACACGUCGAACAUGGUGGAUGAGCUGUGGCAGAAGCGGACUGACGCCCGCGGGCAGCUCACAUACUACAACGUCAUCACCAACGAGCAAUCCCGCCGGGCACCCGUCAAGGCCCUAGGGGGCAUUCUUGCGGAUAUGAUGGGCCUGGGGAAGACUCUGAGUGUCUUGUCACUUAUCACAUCUACGGUUCACGCGUCGCUGCAGUGGGUUCAGGCGGAGCCCGUAGUGCACUCUGCGGAGGACAAGCGGCCGCCGAGCCAACUCCCAGACAGCUUCGCUCCACCGAAGCCUGAGUCCUUGGGUCUGACAAAACCGAAGAAGAACUCAAAGGCCACGCUUCUCAUCUGUCCUCUGAGUACGGUCACGAACUGGGAAGAACAGAUCAAACAGCAUGUGCGGCCGAACUCGUUGUCAUAUCAUAUCUAUCACGGACCCCACCGGAUCAAGGAUUCUGAGAGACUGGCCGAAUACGACCUGGUCAUUACGACCUACGGGUCUGUCUCAAGUGAGCUCAAUGCGCGCUUCGCUAACAAGCGGGGCCCUCACCCACUCGAGGACAUCGGGUGGUUCAGAAUUGUGCUUGAUGAGGCCCAUAUGAUAAGAGAGCAGUCGACGCUACAGUUCAAGGCUAUAUGUAGGCUUCAGGCGAACCGUCGAUGGGCUGUGACUGGCACACCGGUACAGAACAAGCUCGAAGAUCUUGCCGCUCUGCUCGCCUUCCUGCGCAUCAAGCCGUUUGACGAUCGGACCAAGUUCAAUCAGUAUAUCGUUGCUCCCUUCAAGCUCUGCGACCCUGACAUUGUCCCGAAGCUUCGCAUUCUCGUUGACACGAUCACUUUGCGACGUCAAAAGGACAAGAUUAACUUGCCAAAGCGCUACGAUACGAUUGUCAAAUUGCAGUUCUCCAGCGACGAGCGACGCAUGUAUGAUGCGUUCGAGAAAGACGCCCAGGUUCGUGUGAACGUCCUGGCUGGUCAGCGCGAGCGUAUGGUUGGCGGGAAGACAUACAUCCACAUUCUGCAGGCAAUCCUGCGCCUCCGUCUGUUCUGUUCUGGCGGGAAGCACCUUCUGAACGAGGACGAUUUGAGACUCCUCGAGGGCCUGACACAAGAAUCCCCCAUUGACCUCGACAGCGACGAUGAUGAUGAUAAGCAGGCGCUCACUGAAAAUCAAGCGUACGACAUGUUCAACCUCAUGAGAGACACAAACGGCGACAACUGCAUAGGAUGCAAUCAAAAGUUAGGCGCCAAGGAGGGCGCAGAUAUUGAAUCAGAGCGCCAGGAGGAGGUCAUCGGACACAUGACGCCUUGUUUUCACCUGAUCUGUACUUCUUGCAUCAAGGAAAUCGAGGGCGCCUGUGCCUGUGGGCAUGCCCUUAACAGUCUUGUCGCUCUGCGUUUGACCAGGACCAACCAGGAGCACGAUGCCCGCGCUGAAGCUAAGGGCCGCGAUGCAAGUGGUGGCAAGGGGAUCAAGGAUUACUCCGGCCCCAACACCAAGGUCAGGUAUCUUAUCGAGGAACUCAAGAAAUGGCGGGUUAAGGGCGAGGCCACCCCAGAUGAGCCACCCUACAAGUCCGUGGUCUUUUCCCAGUGGACGACGAACCUAGAUUUGAUCCAAUUGGCCCUCGAGGCGGAGGGAAUUGUUUUCGUCCGCCUGGAUGGAAAGAUGUCCCGUACGGCCCGGACCCGAGCCAUGGACAACUUCCGCGAGGACCCCAACGUCCAGGUGAUUCUCGUCUCCAUCACCGCGGGUGGACUGGGCCUUAACCUCACCUCCGGGAACUCGGUCUAUAUCAUGGAACCGCUGUUCAACCCGGCAGCAGAGGCGCAGGCCAUCGACCGUGUUCACCGUCUGGGCCAGAAGCGCGAGGUCCACUGCGUGCGACUGAUCAUGGAGGCGUCCUUCGAGGAGAAGAUGCGCGUGCUGCAGGAAAAGAAGAUGAAGCUUGCUUCCCUCAGCAUGGACCGCGAAAAGGGCGUUGGCGGCGGUCAGCUUACCAAGUCGGAGGCGGCUAAGCAGAGACUGAUGGAUCUGCGCAGCCUUUUCAAGUGAGGCAAACGGGUCUUUUACGGACAUGCCCUUCCAGCUGGCUUCUCUGGGCGGCCACCAUUUCCAGUGGCGCGUCGCCCCUGUUCACUAUUCGCUUGAUGAUUUUGCUGUUUUUAAUCCGCAGAACUGUCGUCCUUGCCGCCCAUAAUAUCGAUCACAAUCAGGGCUCUCCGGAAACUCGUCGAAACGGCGUUUCCGGUCUAAUGGCAGUGGCUGAUGACAGACCGGUUGAGGUUCUGCGCUCAUCAAAUUUGCAUCCCUGAUUUUUUUCUUCUUCUCUAGAGUCCACUUUCUGGGAGGCCGGCGGCGGGAUUAUGCCGUCCGGCCGUCACGCAUCAUACCCUCGGUGGGUUCAGGUGGUGUUCCGGGACGGGGGCGGGGGCGUCUUGAUCACACACGGUCGGGUAGAGGAGAAAGGUCUGCGUUUUCUUCCCGGAUAAGGUCGGCCGGCCAUCACGGUUUACUGCCGGGGCCGCUUGUGUUUGCAGUUUCUUUUCAUGCAUCAUAGAGGUCUCUUCACACGGUGCAUUUUAAUAUGGCAGCUGGGAGAGAAAGGGCCGGCUGGUAGUCUCCAGGUACGGACAGGCAGCUAGCUAGCUGGGUGAUAUGGGUCGCCCUCGGGGCCGGCCACCACCCACCCCGUGCCGCACCAGGCAGGCACGUAUUUACAUUUUGAGGGGACAUGGUCAGGGAUGAGACAUAGAUA